CCUAUCAUCAGUUCCACCCUCGCGCUUGACGGUUGUGUCAGCCAGCAAAACGCAGUCACUUACAUACAUACGUUCGUUGUAUUCUAGGCGGGUAAAAAUAAAAAAAAAAUUCAACAAACAAAAAUCCAAAGAAAUCUAAUUGCAACAUCCCCUUUUACGAUCGACCGACGCCAAGAAAAAUCGAUCUUUUGAAGAAAGGUUGUUGAAGGAGAGACGCGGGAUUAUCAAAGCCAAGGAUGAAACUCAUCAUUAUUUUGCUUAUUUGUCUCAUUGAGACAUCCUACGUUCAUUGCGGGAAACGACCAAGCUUCGUUUCCGAUGAAAUGAUCGCAACAGCGGUUAGCGUAGUGAAUGCUUGUCAGACACAAACAGGAGUAGCUACAGAGGACAUUGAAGCGGUGAGAAACGAUAAGUGGCCGGAGACGCCUGAAUUAAAGUGUUACAUGUAUUGCCUCUGGGAACAAUUUGGUCUAAUCGACGAUAAAGGGGAAUUAAAUUUGAAUGGUAUGCUAACAUUUUUCCAAAGAAUGCCAGCCUACAGGGCGGAAGUUUUGAAAGGAAUUAGCGAUUGCAAGCUGAUCGGUAAAUACUUGGCCAAGGGUGAUAAGUGUCAAUACGCGUACGAAUUUAAUAUGUGUUAUGCAAAAAUAUCUCCGAGAACCUAUUAUCUAUUCUAAUGAAAUUUCAUCGAUCCUAAGGGAGCACUACGAUCAAAGAUGAGUUAUAAAAAUAUUAAAAAGAAACGAUAUCGCCGAAUGUGUUGAGAUUUAUACAAUCAAGUGAUUUUACAUUCUCAUAUAACUGUCUCGUAUACACCGUAAGUUCUAAUACUUUAUAAAAUAUAUUAAAAAAAAAAAAUAAAUCUUCUUUAAUAAUUGCA